AUGGAUAGGUCGUUUGAUUCACUGUCUGAGAUUGUUCCCGAUAGAGAUGGUUGGAGGAUUAAGGUUCGCAUUCUUAGACUUUGGGAGGUUCCAACUCUUUUGAGACCAGAUCAGACCAACUCCCUGGAAAUGGUUCUUAUUGAUGAUAAGGGUGCCAAGAUCCAUGCCAGUGUUAGGAAGCAAUUGUUGUAUGUUUUUCAGCCCAAGUUAAGCGAAGGAAAGGUUUACAAAAUGUCCUUUUUCUCGGUGGCUCCCAGCGUUGGCUCAUAUCGUACCACUCUUCAUCCGUAUAAGUUGGUUUUCCAGAUGAAAACCAAGGUUCAAGUAUCAGAGAGUGUGCUCAUUCCUACCUAUGGAGUUUCACUCAGCAAGAUUGCUGAUGUCUGUGGCCAUGAUGUGGAAUAUGAUUACUUAGUUUGUGGGAAUACUAUGUUUUGCAUCGUCCAUUAG